CAAACGUCAUGAACUCCCACCCGGAACCCUCCAGCUCCGACCCCGAAGCAAAACUGCUCCAAACGGUGCGCCACUGUCUGGAGGGGGACUCGUACCUGCGGCGUGCCCGUUGCGACAUGCGCCGCAAGGUCCUCGAAACGAUCCAGGGCACCGGAGAAAAUCUGUUCGCUGGCAACACUGCUGACCAGCAACUGCCGCCGCGCCCGAUCCGGCUGAUCAACCAGCUGAUCCUGGAAUACCUGGACUGGUACAACCUGCAGUACACGGCCGAGAUGUUCGCCGUGGAGUCCGGAACGGGCCGGCUGGAGGCUCCCGUGCGGCGCCAGAUGCUGCAGAGUUCGCUGAAGUCGGUGCUGGAGGAUCCGGUCGAGUUUCAGCCGGAUCUGCCGGUGCUGGCGGAGCUGGUCAUGAAGCUGACGGUUGACGAUAUGGAGUGAUUGUUGAAAUAAAAUA